AUGCUACGUUUCUCCGUUGUUUUCCUGACAGAUCUGAGGUGUAUCUGGCGUCCAGAUAUGGUUAAAACUAGAGGUGGAUAUCAUGGUGAGGCUUCAUCCUCUCGUAGUGAGCCAUCAGAUGAAAGAAGACGACCUACGGCAUCUGCUCGUAGAAGACGAGUAGAAGAAUAUCGCGUGAACGUUAUUGAUGAGCAUGAUGAUGAGGAGCAGGAAGAGUUAUUACAGCAUGGACAUGGUCAGGAUGAUUACGUUGAAGAGGAGGAUAUUCAGCAGCAGCAUGACUGUAGUCAAGAAGAACAUGAAGGUGAAGGUGAAGAUGAAGAUGAAGCUGAAGAUGGUGGAUUCCCAGGAGGUCCACAUGACACCUCCUUACUUACUCACUAUACCCAGCAUGAUCGAAGGGGGAUAAAGGUUGUCACCCAUGGCAAAAAAUUGAAGCAUUUUGGAAUGUAUCAUGAGGCCAUUGAGCCUUAUAUCUCCAUGUCGGGGUUGGGUUGUUUAGUGAACCUCUCAUACGAGUAUGUCGAUCAUGGAUUGAUCGUUGCCCUUUCGGAGAGGUGGCACGUAGAGACUAAUACUUUCCACCUACCGAUAGGUGAGAUGAGUGUCACAUUAGAUGACGUUAUGAAUUUGCUCCACCUACCCAUCAUGGGACAAUUUUGUGAGGUUGAGGAGUUAGAGUAUGAUGAGGCUCGAUCUUAUAUCAUGGAGCUGCUUGGCGUGGACCACGCUAAAGCUUCAGUUGAGAUGAAACAGUCACGUGGUCCAAAAGUUAGGCUCAACUGGCUACACGAGGUCUACCAGGAGUGCAUCCAACAGGAGCGUUGGGAGUGUGCUGCUCGGGCAUACUUGUUGCAUCUGCUUGGAUGCACAAUUUUUACGAAUAAGAGUGCGACUCUAAUUCGAGUAUCGUAUCUCCUUCUCUUGCGAGACUUGAAUGCUUGUUCGAGAUAUGCUUGGGGAGCAGCAGCACUUGCACAUACAUAUGAGCAACUAGGAGAUGCUAGCUUCAGUGAGGUCAGACAGAUAGCUGGAUAUUCCACUCUUCUACAGAGUUGGAUAUAUGAGCACUUUCCUACAAUGGGAAGGAGGCAAGUGUCUGAGAGGUACACAGAACUUGAUCCACAUGCUUCACGAUACAUUCCCCGAGGGUGGGUUGGAGUUUGA